AUGGCUACAGACUACGCUCGAGCUCUGGUGCGGCGGCAUCCUCUCCAACGCCGGCCGUCACCGUCCCGGGGCGCUUCGGCACUGUUGCAUGUGCUCGGUCUAGCCUCGUUCGCCUACAACUUCACCUACCUUUUCACCAACCCAAAUCCCAUGUAUGGCGUACCGAUUCCUCGAGUGGCCCAGAGAAGAGCCGGAAUUUGUAUCAUGUCGCUGAUACAAGUUCAAUACAGUAACACGUCGUACGGAUGGCACCUACAAUACCUGACGAUCAUCGGUCUGUCGCUGGCUGCAGUCACGUUCUUCAUUGGCCUUCUGGCUGAUCUGACCAUGAGCCGGUGGCUAUUCGCGGCGAAGAACGCCCUGAGUGUCGCUAGUGCGCCGAUGGAGUGCCUGAUCAGCAUGCUAUACUGGGGCCUGCGAGCUAUCGACCCCAAACUUGUCCUUCCGGGCUGGACGCCUCCAAUGGCUCUACACACCGAUCUGGGCUUUCAUGCGGUGCCCGCCAUCGCCCUGGUGACCGAUCUACUAUUCUUCUCACCGCCAUAUACGAUCGCCUUUGUGCCAGCGCUGGGAUUGAGUGGCUUCAUCGCUUUCGGCUACUGGCUGUGGAUCGAGAGAUGCUACCAAUACAACAAGUUCUAUCCAUACCCGAUAUUCACCUUGCUGAGCACGACUGAGAGAAUUGGGUAG